AUGCCGCUGCCCUGCCGGAGCUGGACGCUGGCGCUGCUCACGCUGGUCGUGGGGGUCCUCAUCUUCGCGGACAUCUCGGAGAUCGAGCUGGAGAUCGGGAGUUCUGGAGGCAGAGGUGUCCUCCCAUCCGCGGUGAACGGCUUACAUAGCAAAGCUAAUAGGGCCGAAGUAGCAAUUAAUGGCUCGUCAUCUCCAGCUCUCGUAGACAGAGGCAAUGAAAGUAUGAGACACCAUCACAGGCCAGCCCCGUCCAGCUGGAAGCACAACCAGACGCUCUCGCUGAAGAUCAGAAAGCAGAUCCUGAAGUUUCUGGAUGCCGAGAAAGACAUCUCGGUGCUGAAGGGAACCCUCAAGCCGGGGGACAUCAUCCACUACGUCUUCGACAGGGGCAGCACCAUGAAUGUUUCCCAAAACCUUUAUGCCCUCUUGCCCAGGACCUCCCCGCUGAAGGGCAAGCACUUCCGGACGUGCGCCAUCGUGGGCAACUCUGGCAUCCUGCUGAACAGUGGCUGUGGGGAGGAGAUCGACUCGCACAGCUUCGUGAUCAGAUGCAAUCUCGCCCCCGUCCAGGAGUACAGCCAAGACGUGGGCUCCAAGACGGACCUGGUCACCAUGAACCCCUCGGUCAUCCAGCGUGCCUUUGAGGACCUGGUGAACGACACCUGGCGGGAGAAGCUGCUUCAGCGCCUGCACGGCCUCAACGGCAGCAUCCUGUGGAUCCCCGCGUUCAUGGCCAAGGGCGGCAAGGACCGCGUGGAGCGGGUGAACGAACUUGUCCUGAAGCACCACAUCAGCGUCCGCAUGGCCUACCCUUCCCUGCGCCUGCUGCACGCCGUGCGAGGGUACUGGCUGACCAACAAGGUCUACAUCAAGCGGCCCACCACCGGCCUCCUCAUGUACACGCUGGCCACCCGCUUCUGCAACAGGAUCUACCUGUACGGCUUCUGGCCGUUCGCCCGCGACCAGGCGCAGCGCCCGGUCAAGUACCACUACUACGACAGCCUGAAGUACGGCUACAUGUCCCAGAGCAGCCCGCACACCAUGCCGCUGGAGUUCAAGGCCCUGCGCGCGCUGCACCAGCAGGGGGCGCUGAAGCUCACGGUGGGGGCGUGCGACGGGGCCACGUAG